AUGCUCAAGCGGCUCCUCCUCCUCUUCUCCCUGAGCGCCCUGGCCCUCGGGCAGGAGCAGCAGAUGCGCGCCAACUGCUCCGCCGAAGCCCACGACGAGAUCAUCAAGGCCCACCACGACCUCUACCACGGCGUCAAAGGCGGCGGCUCGGGGGCGGCGCACGCGGCGCUGCUGACGCGGCAGAACGCGGCCAUCGCGGUCGACGCCUACUUCCACAUCGUCGUGUCCAAGGCCAACGACCCGCGAUACGCCAACUGGCAGAAGAUGGCGACGGACCAGAUGGCCGUCAUGAACACGGCGUACAACAAGCACGGCAUCAGCUUCACCCUCAAAGGGUCGGAGCUCACGGUCAACCCGGCGUGGGCCAAGGGCGACGACCAGAACUCGGCGGCGAUGAAGAAGGCGCUGCGCAAGGGGCCCUACCGCGCGCUCAACAUCUACUUCGCGUCCGACUACGCCGGCCUGGGCACGUGCAGCAUGCCGACCAGCAUCGGCUCCAACCCCACGCCCGCCACCUACAGCGGCGACGGCUGCGUCGUCGUCGCCGACACCAUGCCCGGCGGCGGCCGCACAAAGUUCAACCUCGGCAUGACGGCCGUGCACGAGACGGGCCAUUGGUUGGGCUUGUUCCACACGUUCAACGGCGAGUCGUGCGACGGCGACGGCGACCUGAUCGCCGACACGCCCGCCGAGAAGGAGCAGACGACGGGCUGUCCGGCGAGCAAGGACUCGUGCCCGGAUAAGCCCGGCCAGGAUCCCAUCCACAACUAUAUGGACUACGGGUGGGAUGAGUGCUAUGAGGAGUUUACGCCGGGGCAGGAGGCGAGGAUGAAGCAGCUUUGGGGCCAGUUCAGGAACGGGAAGUAG